GAUGAGUGUGAGUUAGGGAUGGUGGAUGGGUGUUGAUAUCACGCAAGAGUGUGGCAUGGAAGAGGCAUAAGUAAAAGGUGUAGGUGUGAGGAUGUCUGUUUGGCGCAUUUGUAAGUAAGAUGGGAUUCAAUUCCAUAAACACCAGGUCAAGAUGCUAUUGUGUGCAAGGCACCAACCAUUUUAAGAUAUGUCUCUAUAGAAGGAUCAGACUGUUAUGUCAGGAGAGGAGUGUCUGGGGGAUGAGGAAUAUAUAUGGAAAUAUGGACAAGGUGGGCAUAGGGUUUGAAAAAGAAAUAUUACCGGAGUCCGUAGAGAAGUGUAUAAAAUAAGGGGUAAUAUGUAUGUGUAUCUCUUGUGUUUAGGUAGCAACCCUGUGUAAGGAGAGAGGGAAGAUUAAGGGCAUAUGUAAGGUAUUAGAGGAGAAGUAUAUGACUGGAGAUAAGCAUAAAGAGAGGUGAAGAUUUGCUAACAGAUAGUGAGUAUGUCCGAAGUCACAUCAUCUUUGGAAGGUACAUGAAUGGGGGCUGCCUCCUAGGGUUCUGAGAGGCUGAGAGCAGACAGGUAGAGGAAUAGGUAGGAGCACUCCUCCAUUAACUCCUUCUCACUCCUUUUAGGAUAGCAGCUCGUGACCCCUGAUGUACAAGUGGUCAUGAGGUCCAGAGUCCGGGUUUUACUAUGCUCUCUGCUAGUGGGAUUCUCAGUCCUGCUGUUUUUUGGGGGACAGAGGGCAAAUGGGGAUCUUCCAUACAGUAAGGGAGUCUGCUCCAGGCAGACCCUGGUGGUUCCACUUCGGUACAACGAAUCCUACAGCCAGCCAAUAUACAAACCCUACCUAACACUGUGCCCAGGUAGACGUGUCUGCAGCACCUACAGGACCACGUAUCAUGUGGCAUGGCGGGAGGUUCGCAGGGAAGUGCAGCAGACUCAUGCCAUAUGUUGUCAAGGCUGGAGGAAGAAGCACCCAGGGGCGCUGACCUGUGAAGAAGCCAUCUGUCCUAAGCCUUGUCAGAAUGGAGGGAUCUGCAUCCAGCCUGGUCAGUGCGAAUGCACCCCAGGCUGGGGAGGAAAGCACUGUCACAUGGAUGUAGAUGAAUGCAGGACUGGCAUCAUGCUCUGCUCUCACAGCUGUUCCAACACGCUGGGCAGCUACACCUGCGGCUGCCCAAAAGGUCUAGCCUUAGGGACCAAUGGAAGGACUUGCGAGGAGGCCCCCCCUGAACCACUUCCUAGUCCCAGUAUUCUUAGCUUGACAGUUCGAGAGGCGGAGAAAGAGGAGCAUUCCCUGAGGCUGGAGAUCCGAGAAUUACGUGGGCGGCUGGAGGUCUUGGAGCAGUGGGCAGGGCAGGUGAGUGCCUGGGUCCGAUCUGUGCUGCCCGUGUCUCCUGAAGCAAUCCGGCCUGAGCAAGUGGCGGAGCUGUGGGGGAGGGGAGACCGGAUCGACUCGCUUAGCGAUCAGGUGCUGCUUCUGGAGGAGAAACUGGGUGCCUGUUCUUGUGAGGACAACAGCCUGGGUCCAGGUCUCAACCGCCGCAGAUAAGGGUUCUUUUGAACAUCAGCACCUUCUUAUUUCAAACUCCUGCCCUGCCCACCCCACCCCCCAAUCAAACCCGGUAAUUUAUAGUGAAAUCCACUAGUGUGAAGGGGAUCAGAUUCCUGGAUCGCCAGGUUGAUAAGAUGACAGGAGUUGCUGAAGGAAUGGAAACAGCUGCCUAGGGGAAAGGCAAGAAAAAUAUUCGUCUCCUGCAGUGCCCCCCCCCCCAAGAUAAGAGUUUGGACCAACGAGAUCCCUUUCCUCCAACAAGGUACACACAGUCGGAAUCCUUCCAUCUCUCUUUAUUCUCCGUAUCUCGCUGUUAAUCCAGAUAAUAAAAACCAUCGGAGCGGAGCAAAACCUUGGACUGCCCCCUUCAUCCCCUCCCUUCAGACCUCUCGAGGUGGGGGGUGAGGGGUGGAGAGGAGGA